UCACAGCUUCUCCAUAAAUUAAAACCCUAGAAAUUCUCUUCAUCUCAAGCCAUUAGCAUUUUACAAAUCCAAUUUUCUUCCGAAAGAACAGUUUUUCUUGGUGUCAUUUUUAUAUAAAUUAUAUACGUGUAUUGAUAUAAAUAUAUAUAUAAUUAACAGAUCAAUAUAAUUUAGGAAUACUGUAUUGUUUUGCUUAGAUUUGUAUUAAUUUGUUUCUGAUUCUAACAAUUGUGUGCUUUUGUUUCUGGGAUUAGGGUUUCUCUCGUUUCUGUUUUGGAACUAGGGUUUUCACCAUCUUUUUGGUUGAAAGUUUUGGUGUCCAAGUGACUAUUUGCACUGGUUUGUCUAAGUGAUUUUUUUCACUUGGCGGCUAAGAUGUCGGACUACCCUGUGCUUGAUAAUCGUCCAAUUAAUAAAUGGAAAGUAGCAGAAUUAAGGGAUGAGCUUAAGAGGAGGAACUUAACGACAAAAGGUUUGAAGGAUGAUCUGGUUAGACGAUUAAAUGAAGCUAUCUGCAUAGAAAUGGAAGCUGCUGCAGUUAAAGAGAGUAAGGAUGAUGAUCGUGACAUUGAUCCUGCCAGUGGUCUUGAAGAUACUGAACCCGAGCCUGAUCCUGUUAAAUUGGUUGAUGAUGUUCUGGAGCAUCCCCCAAUUGAAGUCACUCAUGGUUCUGAACAUAUUACUGAUGCUACAUGUGGUCUUGAAGAAGCUCAACCAAAUAGCAAUCCUGAUAUAUUGGUUGAUAACGUUCAGAAGCAAAAACAAGAUGAAUUUAACAGUAUUGACAGUGAUGUUGCUAGGGCCACCACCAAGAAUUGUCUUGUUGGAAUAGACCAGAACAAAGUCAUGGAUGAGGUUGCAACUGGAGGUAAUGAUGAUGUUCUGAAGCAUCACCAAAAUGAAGUUAACGAAAUUGAUGGUGAUGCCAGUGCUAGCACCAAGAAUGCUCUUGUUGAAAUAGACCAGAAUAAAGUCUUGGAUGAGGUUGCAACUGGAGAUACUGCUGCUGGAGAAUCAGACCGUUUGGAGGCACCGGUUGGUAGCACUAGUGUUAUAAAUGAGAUUGCAUCUAAUAAGGAACACAAGGUUAUUGAUUCUUCUCAGGAUGAUUAUGUUGCUGAUGGGGUAUCUGAAGUCUGGGAUGGUUCUAUUCCAGUCAGUAGCACUAGACAGGAUGUUGAGGAUAUGAAAAUUUCAUCUUAUGAGGGAGUGCUUGAGGACAACCUUAGGGGACAAGAAAAUGAUGUGGAGGUAACCCCAGUAACAUCAGAGGAAGCAUUGAAAAACCACAGCAUUAAGUUGGAUAAUGAGGGUCUGAAACUCUCAGACAUGGAUGCUGAGCCAGAUAUGUCCAAUCCAGCCACUCAGGUAUAUGAGGUCAACCCUAAUUUAGGGUCUCAAGUAAAAUCUGACUCAUUUUCUACUGAUACUUUGACCAUUAAUGAAAAUAAAGAUUUAAAUGAUAAUUUGAAUGCUGAUAAUGUCAAAUUAGAAACUGAAGUUGUUAGGCAAGAGAUGGAGCUGCAGUCAUCCAGCAAAGACCUAUCAGGUGUUGGUAGCUCUCAUCCAUUGGAUGGUCAGAUGCCACAUGAGAUGCAGGGUCUUGUUGGAGAAACUGAUGAUGACAAAUCUUCAGAUGUGAAAUUUAGCAUGAAAAAUGACAAUGCAGAUCAGGUUUCUGUUGACGUUUCCAAGGUAGAGCAUGAUUUCGAGAGUAAGACUCCAAAUAAUAGUGAGCAACCCGAUAUACAGUUUGAAAAAGCUAGAACUUUAGGUGAUGUUGAAGAGCCUAGUUUGUCACCCAUGAAAAUUGAGGCAUCUGCGGAAGAUACACACGAUCUUGCUGUUUCUGGUGAUGAUAGAAAAGAUUUUAGCAAGAUAGCCGAUGUAGUGGAUGGUGAGAAUAUGGAAAAGAUUAACUUGGAUCAGUCUUCUGCUGAUGAUUCCAUGGAGGAGGAUGUAGUAGAGACAAAACAUGUGGAUUUUGAUCAUAUUUCUAAGAAAGAGAAUGACAAGACUGAUGAGUUUAUUACGGGAAUGACAGAAGAGCCCAAAGUUCGACCAAGUGGUUCUUCUGAUGCAAUGCAGCUAGACAUUCCUUCUGAGAAGGUUGCGUCUCAAGAAACUAAAGAUAAGUCUCUUGCUUUGUCAGAGAAGAGAAAGUUUCAAGAUGAAGCAGGAGGUGGGAGUAAAGAGCCUGCAAAAAGGCAGCGUAGAUGGAACACUGAGAAGACUGCUGAACCCCAAAAUUCUAGUAUUGCUUUAACAAAGAAGGUUGUUCAGCCCACUCCUAUCAAACCCAUCCUUGGCAGGACUAACUCUACAGUUGGUGGGGAUUCACCCAAGGAGCGCUUUGUACCAAAGUCUUCAAAAACAGCCACUACUUCUCUCAAAAUUGAGAAUUUCUUGCGGCCUUUUACGCUGAAAGCUGUGCAAGAGCUCCUUGCAAGGACUGGUGAAGUCUGCAGUUUCUGGAUGGACCAGAUAAAGACCCAUUGCUAUGUCACGUAUUCUUCGGUAGAAGAAGCCACAGAGACCAGAAACGCGGUGUACAAUCUCCAAUGGCCACCAAAUGGUGGUCGUCUCCUGGUUGCAGAUUUUGUUGAUCCUCAACAGGUGCAAACCAAGAUAGAGGGUCGGGAACCUGCUUCUCCACCGAAAGUUACCAGUCCUGCUGUGCCUGCUUCAUCCUUUGUUCAAACACCACCUGCUCAGCAGCAGGGUCGCAAACAACAAGCUGAGUUGGAACAUUCACUCACACGCCAGCCACCUCCUGCUCCUCCUAGUGCUCCUCCAACAAAAGAGAUGCUGCCUUCACCUGUUGCUGAUAAAAAUGAUCCCCCUAUUGUUACUUUGGAUGACCUCUUCAGAAAGACCAAAGUCACUCCCCGUAUCUAUUAUUUACCGCUGACAGAUGAAGAAGUUGCUAAAAAGCUUGCCAUUAGGGGAAAUGCUAAGCCUUGAGAUAUUAGGUAAAUAAAGGGGCAUGUUAGAUGGAUCUGUAGAGUGGUGUUCUAGUGUAAUGCUGAAAACUGCAAGUUUGCCCGCAUGAAGAAGUUGCAGUCUAAUUUGUAGGCGAGUAGUGAGUUUCUUGAGGCUCGUUGAGACUUUCCUUUCUUUUCUAUUUUUGGUUUGUUACUGUUUGCAGACUUUGGUUGCUACUAGGUGCAAGUCUUAACUGUAUUUUGCUUUGGUUUGAAGAUACUUCUGAAUGUGCAGAUUAUAAAGAAUCUGUGUUAGUCUGACUUCUUUCUUUAUCCAGAUUUUUGGAGAAGUAUUUGAAUAUUAAUCAUCUGAGUUAUGAGAUAUAUUAUGUAAGUGGUAUCAA